GAUAGAAAUAAUCUACAAAUUAAAUAUCUGAAUAUCCUUUUUGGUGGCUAGUUUGAAUGUUAACUUCAAUUGCACUGUGUAACCAAAAAGAAAUGAUUAUGUUUUCGAGAUGGUCAACUUUUAUUGGUGCAGUUGUUCUUGUAUCCAAUAUUAAAAUCUCCAAUGCACUAUGUGACAUACGUAGUUAUCAAUCUGAAGAUCCAAAUAAAAGCUAUUAUGAUAGAUACGGGUCAUAUCGAAAGUCGUAUAGAACAGAAGAGCAUGCUAGUUGUGAAGAUAUCAGUCUUCCUCUCCAAGAUAUAACUUGUGAUGCUUGUACCAAAGUAGAGAUUUUAGAUUCAAAUAUCUCUGAUGUAACACCUGCAGCAUUUUUGAAAGUAUCCACCACGAAACAUUUGAAACUAUCAGGAAACUUAAUUAAUACUAUACAACCUGGUGCUUUUGCUGGUCUUCAUAAUUUAGAGCAACUAGAUUUACAUAACAACGAAAUCGUAAAUAUAUCCCAAGGAAUAUUUAAUUCUUUAGGGCAGUUACAAUCGCUUGAUCUGUGUCAAAAUAAAAUCAGCAGCGUUGAUCCCAAUUUUUUAACAGGCAUUAUUCACUUAUCGUUACUAAAUUUUUCGGAAAAUGCUUUAAACUCUUUUGACGGUGUAGUGUUAGGCCAAAACAAUUAUUUUAAAAUGUUAAAUUUAAGUGAUAAUAAUAUGUCUUUUAUAAAUUUAAGCACGUUUAACGGUAAGAUUAAUACGUUAGAUGUUUCAAAUAAUAAGUUAACAUUUGUCAAUAUAUCCCUUUCAGGUUUACAAAAUCUUAAUGCUAGUAAAAAUCAAAUAAAACAUUUACUUGCCGAAACUUGCUUAUUAGAUGCAACUUUAAUAUCUUUGGAUGUUAGUAAUAAUUUGCUGAAUGAAGAAAAUAUAAUGAAUGUUUCAAAACUACUCAAAUUAGAAAAGUUGAAUAUAGCAGGAAAUAAUCUGUCCUUUAUUCCUGUUAACCUAUUUGUAAAUUUAACAAAGUUGUCAUAUUUAAACAUGUCACAUAAUAAGAUAAGUUUCUUGAAUUAUGGAGCACUGGAUCAUGUAAAAGAAUUGAAAAUUUUAGAUCUGUCGUAUAACAAGCUCACGACUCUUAAAAGAUACUUGCACUCGUUAUCAGCACUAACAUCUUUAUACAUCAAUAACAAUAAAAUCACAAACAUUAAUGGCAAACAACUGUUGACCGAUAAUAAUGGAUUGAAGGUCAUAAGCAUAGAUAGUAAUGAUUUUAAUUGUGAAAAUUUGGUAGAACUAAUUCAUGAUUUUAAAAAUAAAGUUUCUAAAGGUACAUCAACUAUAGGAUCAAAUAUUCACGGCAUUGCUUGCAAAGAAGAAACAUUACCAGAAGCAAAUCCUGAAGUAAAACUUAAAGCGGAUAUCAUAAAAUAUUUAGAAACAACAAUUUCGGCAAAGCUUGAAAAAUCCGAGAAUCUUCAAUUCGACAGGAGUCUCAUGUACGACUAUUUUAACAAAGAUUUUAAGAGCAGCAACUUUUAUAAGUAUCUGGAAGGACUGAAAAAUAUUAAUACGCUAAAUUUCAAUGAUACUGACAUGAUAAAAUACUUUAAUCAAGAUUUUAAAAAUAGUUUGUUUUAUAAAUAUUUGGAAAGUCUGAAAGCAAACGAAAACUCAACCAGAGAGUUUAACAGAAGUCUAUAUGACUACUUCAACAAAGAUUUUAACGGUACUUAUCUUGUUAAAUAUUUGACAAAAUUAGAAAAAUCCAAGGAUGAUUUCAUUGAUUCUUUUGAAAAUAGCAGUAUGUUUAACUACUUUAAUAAAGGCUUUAAAAAUAGCACUUUUUAUAAAUACUUGGAAAAUUUAAAUUCAAAAUUUUAUGGUAUUCAACAAAAAGAUCAUGGUACCGCUGAAUAUUUUCAUAGUAGCUCUGAACACCAAAGGAAUGAUUAUUCUCCUCUGCUUUCAAUGUUGUCUAUAAUAAUUGUUCUGUUAAUAAUUUUGGUAGCUGUUCAAGUGUAUUUCAAUUACAACAAGAAAAAUAUUUUUUCUAGGGAACAAGUUGAACUUUUAGACAGAAAUAGUAUAACGUAAAUAACAUUUCGUAUUUAUAAAUAAUGCAUAGUAUAAAUUAAAUCUAUAAAUGUAUUCAUUCACAGUGAAAAAAUACUUUUAAAAUGCUUUUAUUUUACUUUCAUUUAUUAGGAUGUAAUCAGUCGAAUGAAGAUGUAGCAUUCAGAAAAAUGUUUGAUCAAAGAGGGCCGGGUCAAAUCUGGGAGGGUAGAAGCUAUCGCUGUAUCGUCUGCAUAUAGACUUAGCAACGAUCUGGAUUCAGUUAUAGAGUCUGUCGCAUAUAAGGUGUAUAAGUGUAUAGAUAUGGCGAUAAUACCGCUCCUUGUGACACACCAACAUCCAUGGUUCCAAUUUCGGAUAGGGUUGGCCCUAUUUGAACUCUGAGUCUUCUGUCGGCUAGGUAUAACGAGACAAGACAUGUCAUAGCCUCAUUAUAACCAUAUUGGUUCAUUUUAAACAUCAGGCCGUCCAGCCGAAGUCGAAAGACUUGAGCAGGGCCGCCGCUAAGGUGUUGGCCGCCCGUGUGCAACUUAAUAUUUGCCACCCCCUUCCAAUUUCAACACUUUAGAAAAAUGUUUAUACUAGUAUUUGAAGAAAUGUGCAGAAGAUGCAUAACAAUAUAAUAAUUUGUGAAUAGAUAAAUACUUGAACAUUUAGACUAAUAUCCAUGAUCCAACGUCCAUUAUAUGUGUAUCCUUAUAUCCUAAUUUAAACGUACAUUUAAUUAAAAUAAUCUGUGAGUAGAUAACAUAAACACAUAAAAAAACUAAAAACGGACUUUUCGGGAUUUCGUUUCGGAAAACUUGUUGACAAUGUUUAACAAUGUUUUUGACAAUGCUUUUUUUGUUUUUUUUUUCUGGCCUUGGUGUUGAACCUUUAGCCACGUAAUUACAUAUACUUAUAUCAGCUGAGUUAUGUCUAGUGUGUGUGUUGAGUAAAUGUCUUGUUACUUUGAAAAGUCGACUUCAUUGUCUUUCCAAAUAGAUGUUAAUUGUAUCCAUACGCCUGCAGUACCUCCGGUGAGUACCGAUUCCACAAGGAUAGAAACUAUUUCACCUAUUAAUUUUUAAUAAAUGAAAUGUCUAUCUGUCUGUUCUCUUCUCCCUCUUUUUCUCUUCCUGUUCUCUUUGUUUCUUCCUCUCUCUUGGUUCGCUGUUUCUCUCUUCCUUCCCUCUUUUCCCUCUUAUCUUAUCUGUCAUUUCCAUUGCUUUUGUUUGCGCUGGUUCAAGAUCCGAUUUAUUUCUUUUCUUCCACUUCUCGCCUACAGCUUUUCUCCCCUCGAGUUUCGUUCUUUUCUUUUUCCCUCCUUCUUUUGUUUUCUCUUUCGCCCCCGCUCCCCUCUCUACCGCUUUAUUUUUUUUUCUUUUUUUGUCCCAUUUUUCUUCUCAAAUGUUGGGUCGUGCUGAUCGGUUCAGUGGGGCAGUGCGCCCUUGUCCCCCAAGGCUGUUUUCCGCUCGGGUUCGCCAUCUCCCUUAGGUAUCGCUUGUAACCCACUAUGUUACCCCCUUUGACAUGAUGGUGUCACACCUUGAGGUUGGGGUGGCGGUAUAUCAGGAUGAUACAUAGCCGUCAUCCCUAUGCAUAUCCGUUUGUUUCCGUGGUUUCCUCCACUGGUUUCCUCAACUAUUUUCAGAGGUUUUCUCCUCGGGUAUAGGUUUGAGUAUCAGGGCGUGUAUGAUGGGUAGAGGUGGGUGUCGUAUGAUAGUUGGGAGUAUUAACUAUCACACAGGGACAAGAUAAGACAUUGGCUAUACGAGAGCGGACAUCUGCUCCAAUUUGUUGCGUUUUAUGAUGAGCAGGAGAAGCUGUCAUGAAGGAUUGUAGAGUCAGGGGCGAAUGCAGUGAAAUAGCCACUUUACACGAUGCAAGUAAUUGCGCAAUUAAUUGCACAAUUUCUUGCGCAAGAACUUGUGCAAUAAGUUGCAACUAACUUUCUGCAAUAAAGUGAUUACAUGGUGCAAACAUAAACUGACAUGAAAUAGACAGAAACUUUGACAAAAUAGCAUAAAUUUUAGGUUAUGUUUGUUUUUACAAAUUAAAUGUAAUUUUUUGAGUAGAAUUAUCAGAUAUUAGAUUAAAGAUGUUAGAUUAUAAUUUGAGAAAAUUAUAAUAUUAUGUAUUAAGUAUAACAAAAUCAAUUAAUACCUAAUCCAAGUAUGUAAUACAUAUUAUUCAUUUACAAAAGGAAACAAGUUGUAAGAAAUAAAAUAGUUUUUUUUAAUCCCUAUGUUGCAUAAUUAAAGUUAUUCACCUGAAUAAUAUUAUCUGUGAAGCGUGAAAUUGGUAAAAAGUUCCUCUAGUUUUGUUAAUAAAUUGUUUGGUUUGAAAUUUAAGAUGACAGAAGUUCAAUGUCAUCAAAAUCUUUUAUUUGUUGACAGCAGAAAAGUAAAAACAAACACUGUAGCCUUAAAAGUUACUAAAAAUAUAACCAAAUUGCAGAAAAAAUUGCAUGAAAAAUAGGACAUGUUCUAUUUAGCUGCAACUUAUUCUUGCAGCAAGGAGUUGCAGCUUUUCUGUGCAAUUCGCGUAUGACACGAUGCAAUUUCUAUUGCUGCAAGAAAUUGUGCAAUUAAUUGCGCAAUUAGUUGCAUGGUGUAAAGUGGCUAUUACAAAUUAAGGUGUAAAAACGUUUCGUAAGGAAAACUAAUUUUUUCGCUGUAAUGCUGGGGCCACACUAACGUCUAAUGCCGUUAAUUAUCGCAUUAUUUGCCAUCUCUGUAAUGCAAAUAAUGCGUUAAUUAACGGCAAUAGACGUUACUGUGGCCCCAGCAUAAAUGAAUACAAUUAUUGUAGGUUUAACAUCUUUUCGGUAUUAUCAAAAAUAAAGAUAUGUAUUUUACUUACAUCCAGAAUAUUUUAUAUAAAAACCGUAAUUUUUAUGUAAUACAUAAUAUGUUUACCAUUAUAAUUAAUUAUAGUUUUGUAUAAUGUUUCGUAAUCAAACCGUAGGUGGUAUUUUUGAUGUAAUAUCAACUACUGGAUAUAUCAUAAAUAAAAAUAUUUAAACUAAA